GUCCGACCCUGACUCAUUCCCCACAACUUUUUCUGGUACUUAAAUUCCAGGCUUGGUCAUAGAAAUUAACAACAGAUUUGCUGAGAAUCAGACCAAGUCCGGAUUUUGAACGAGAUCUUCAAGAGAGAAAACUGUGGGAAAGAGUGGUUCUACCACCACCUAACCACACCAUGGAAUACACGAAGGCCAAGGACUAUAUCUCAGCCUUUAACCCGACCUCCCUGCUAAGGUCGGUAUCCAGUGUGGGUUCUGAGUUUGGCCGUCGAGUCUGGGCUUCGGCUCCCCCACCCCAGCGUCCUUUCCGUGUCUGUGACCAUAAAAGGGUCACUCGAAAAGGACUCACAGCUGCCACCCGCCAAGAACUACUAGACAAGGCACUUGAGACCUUGCUACUGAGUGGGGUGCUAACGCUGGUGCUGGAGGAGGAUGGGACGUGUGUGGAGAGUGAAGAAUUCUUCCAGAUGCUGGAGGAUGAUACAAGCCUGAUGGUUCUGGAAGCAGGACAAAACUGGAGUCCUGUCAGGAGCGGGGUGCUCUCAUAUGGUCUGGGCCGGGAGAAGCCAAAACACAGCAAGGACAUUGCCAGCAUCACUUUCGAUGUGUACAAGCAGAGCCCCAGAGAUCUUUUUGGCAGCCUCAACGUGAAAGCCACAUUCUAUGGGCUCUAUUCCAUGAGCUGUGAUUUUCAAGGACUCGGCCCCAAGAAGGUGCUCAGAGAGCUCCUGCGGUGGACCUCCACGCUCCUGCAGGGCCUGGGAAACAUGUUGCUGAGUGUUGCCUCCACCCUUCGCCACGUAGUGGAAGGCGCCGAGCGGUGGCAGCAGCGGCGCCACCUCCAUAACUACUAAGUACUCUGCCCAUCUUCAGCUGGAAGAUGGAUUUAGCAUAGAAUGGUCCCCCUGGGGCUCCUUGUUUGCACAUACUGGACAUAUUCCCCACUGACAUCUAGACCUGAAAUUCUCUAUCUAGCCCUGGUUCCUAUAAAGGCUUCCCCAGCCACAGUAGCCACCCCUGACCAAGGGAUUAUAUUCUAAAUCUCCCAACUCUUGUCUCUAUCCCUGAGCUCCAAAGGGUCUAAUAACAAGUCCUCCCUUUAUGUCAAAGGACCCCAUUCCUCUUCUCCCCUUAAUGCCUCCUUCUCCAUCACACCCUCAAAAGAACCUGACACAAAUCUCAUUUCCAAUAAAAAUAGAAAAUAUUUACUAUUAGAA